AUGAGCCAGCAGAGCGAUCCUGCCUCAGGCCAAGACCUCGCCCAAAUACCACCUCAGAUGGAAUGCGCCAUGGAAACCAUGAUGUUCACGUUUCACAAAUUUGCUGAGGAUAAAGGCUACUUAACAAAGGUACUCUCAGGAAAAAAGGAGCUCCCUGGAUUUUUGGAAAAUCAAAAAGAUCCUCUGGCUGUGGAAAAAAUAGUGAAGGAUGUGGACCAGUGCUGCAUUGGCAGAGCGGGCUUCCAGAGCUUUUCACUAAUUGCUGGGCUCACCAUCACGUACAAUGACUAUUUUGUAAUACACAAAAAGUGCAGAAGGGAAAGAAGUAGGCAGCACGGAGCAAUUACUCCCGCUUUAAGAGUUCUCCCAAUGAGCCGCUUAAGGAAAUCUCUCUGCCCCACAGCUUCCUCCUGUAUAAGGAUUUAA